AAACAACAAGCAACAAAGGCACGACAGCUUGAAGUAUCCCCAAAAUUCCAAGUGUGCAGCCCAUACCUGCUGGAUCUAUUUGAUCAUCACUAUCACCGUUUUACUUCAUCUGAGGAUCGUUGGAAUAAAGGAGUGAUUAACAGCCUGAGGUACCAAUGCUGAUAUUCAUCGUUUGGGGACUUAGCCCUGAAGUGUCUAACAAGCUCUGUAGCACAAAUAGAAGUAUUUCUCUUUGUUAUGGAAAAGUAGAAAACCUGAGAAAAUUGGCGACUCAGUAAACAUUAUAACACAAUGAAGAUUUUCAUUCUUAUCAUUCUUCAAGUUUUAGAUUCGUCUGGCCAACAAUGGUCCUUUUCUUUUCCUUCACGGAUGGUAGCGCUGAUUGGUUCAUGUGUUGAGAUUCCCUGCCGGUUUGCUAAGCCCAGUAAUUAUGCAUCUUAUAAUAUUGUAUGGUAUCGGUAUGAGAGAAGUAACGAUACAGUGAUUUUUAAAAGCAACGGAAUAUCAGAAACAAUUGCAUCUUACAGAGGACGCACAUCGUUGGUGAGAAAGGAUAAAAACAAGUGCUCCCUGAGGAUAAAUAACGUGACGCUUGAGGAUUCUGCUCAGUUUUAUCCAGGAAUAGAUGCAAAAAUGAAUGCAUAUAAACUUCAGAACAAGGUUAUAGAACUUCAAACCACAGCUGUUCCCAAUGAACUAGAUAUUCUAGAGCCUGGAGACAUGACAGAAGGAAAGCCGGUAAAUAUCACCUGCUUAGUGGAGCACACUUGUAUCUCAGAUCCACCAAGACUUUGGUGGAACAAGCCUGGUCUGUAUAACAAUACAUAUCAUACUGAACUGAAAGAUGGAGUUUGGAAAACUAAGAUAGUGCAAAUGUAUAUUCCAUCGUAUCAAGAUCAUGGGACAUUCCUUCAGUGCACAGUUGCACAUCCUAAUGGGCAAAUAAUGGAAAAAACAGUUUUACUCCAGAUUGAAUAUGCUGCCAAAGGAGUUACAAUUAUACCUGGGAAAAACAAGUUCAGUAAAGGAGAUACUAUGGAACUGAUUUGUGAUUUCUUGGCCUGUAAUCCAGAACCAAGCCACUAUACGUGGUAUCUGAACAGUUCUCUUCUAAUGUAUAAGACAGAGAAAAUCCUGAUUAUGCAUGACAUCACCUCAGAGUUAUCUGGGAAUUAUACCUGCGCGGUUCACAAUGAAAUCGGAAUAUCCUUGUCUAGUCAUUCCGUUAUCAUCACUGAUAAUGAUACUGAAUCAAAUCCUGAAAGCAAGUCUACAUCCUACACACUGAAUCCUACAAUAACUAUUGUGCCUGGAAUAAUAUGUCUGCUUCUUUUUCUACUAAUUGGCUUCCUAUGUUGGAGAUAUAGAAAGUUUCGAAAGGUGUUAUUUUGUAUGGCAAAUCAAGCAGAGGAUGCCAAACCUUCUGAUGCCAUAUAUGCUGAUCUUCAGAGGGAGAAUAUCUGCCCAGAAUAUGAUGAAUUAAAGCUACACAAAGAGAAGAUUCAUCCCCAUAUUCCCGUUGAAGAAAAUAUUUAUGAGUCAGCACAUUAGGAAACUGUUUCAGAAAAGAUUUCAAAUUGCCUUGGUCAAUAAAUGCAAACAAAUAUAAUUAGUGAAAAUUAAACACAAACCAAAAAUACAGAAAGCUUGUUUACAG